CUAUCAAAACUCCUUCCCGCUUAUCUUAAAACUUUUUUUUCCCUUCCCUUCUUCCCUUUUUCUUUCUUCCCCUUCCCCUCCAAACUAAAAGCGCUUUUGUUUUAACAACUCAUCUCACCUACCUGUCUAAUGAGCUCGAUCCCACCAAAGUCAGGCCUUCAACCUCAAGGACAGAGCACCUCUAACCAGGCCGCCUCUCAAACUCCCGCUCCUGCAACCUCUGGGAAUCCCUCUUCUCAGCCGGCUGCGACCAAGUCCUACGCCAGCGCCACCAAAAAGUCCGCGACGGACUCGACCGCCGCUCCCGUCACCGUGGGCGGUUCAUCGCAACAUGGGAAGUCGACCUCAGUAUCUCCUGUGAGCGGCAAACCCAUGCAGCAACCUCAGACCCCCGGCGUCACCAUCGUCAAUGGCGCCCCGGCUCCUACCUCCGCGCAAGGCGAUCACUCUCGCAAGCCCUCCGUGACCAUCACCUCCGCCGGUACCUCAGGCUACAUCCCCAACGGGGGCCCCAGCAGUCGUCCCAAUAGCUUGCAGUUUGGCUUCGCUGCCAACCAGCCAGCCUCGCCCAAUAUGGGUAACCCAGCUGUGCUGGCCAACCAGCCCCAGUCCGGUUUGGGUGUCAACCCAAGUGCGAACCCCCGUGUUACCUCGCCUCAGACUUCGCCGUCGCCUAUUCCUCAGCCCGCCUCGAGCGGUGGCCGGCCACCGCCGUCGUCAUACCAGGCUCAAGGCAAUGUUCCCAACUUUGGCAGCUUCGGUGAUGCAGGUGACAAUCAGGUUCGUCCGUCACAAGCCCCCCUUGGUCCCGGUCCUCAGUCGACACAUCUGCGUCGCGAAUCGUCUCAGUCGACACACAGCGACAUGAGUAACCACAUGGGCAGUGGCCCCGGUCGUGGUGGUCAUUACCAUCAGGGUGGCCGUGGUCGCGGAUACUCGCAGUCAAAUUAUCAGGGCCAGAUGGCCUACUCGCCUGGUCCUAGCUUCCGCACUCCCAACCAGCCCCGGGGUGGUAUGAACCCCCAAUACCAUCCUCCCAACCAAGCACGCCCGAUGCCGCCGUUCCCUAACUCGCCCCAGGCCAACCGCAGCCCAGCGUUGGCCACUGCACACCCCGCGACGCCGCAGAUGAGCACCGUCCCGAUGGGACCCCCCCAGCCCUACAGCGCCUAUCCCCCACACAUGGCGCACCAAUCUGGCCCUUACUUUGACCCCAACUAUGGCUACUACCAACAAUACCCCAUGCAGCAGUUCAUGGCUCCCCCCUCGUCCCCUCAACCUCGUCCCGGCAUGCCCUACAGUCCUCAGGCCCCCUAUAUGCAAGGCCAGUACCCCCCUCAGCAGCCGCCACAGGCCAUGUCUCGCUCGCCCUCGCAGGUGUCCAAUGACCGGCCCGGCUCCAGCUUGGGACACGGUCAGCCCCCGGCGGGUCCUCCCGCCUCCGGCCAUGCGCACACCGCCAGCCGUCCCUCCAACAGCCCCGCUCCAGGCGUGCAGAACUUCGUCAUCCCGUCGAGCAAGAAGAGUGCCAUUGUCAUCAAGGACCCUGGCAGUGGUGCGGUGAAGACCUUCGAGAAGGCCCCAGCGUCUCCCGCUCGUGCGACCCCAUCUCCCGUGAAGUUGGCGACUCCGACCGCCACGCCGCCUCCUCGCAGCAGCAGCGGUGCGGAUCACACCCGGACCGACUCCAAGGUAACCAAGACCGACGAGGAGAAGAAGCAGGAGCUGAAGGAUGCUGUGCGCCAGAAGAUCGAGCAGGAUGAGGCCGAGGCCCGCCGCAAGAAGGAGGCUGCAGAGACCGAGGUAACUCGCCAAAAAGAAGAAGAAGAAGAAGCCGCCCGCAAGAAGCAGGAAGAGGAGACGGCCCGCAAGCAGAAGGAAGAAGAGGAGGCUGCACAGAAGAAGGCUGCCGAUGAGGAAGCCGCGCGGAAGGGUCUGGAGGAUCUCAGCCUGAAGGACAAGGCCGAGGAUGCCAAGCCCGCCGCGGAAGAGUCUUCCAAGGCCGCUGAGCCCACUCCCGCUCCUGCUGACGAUGAUGAAAUUGAUUACGAUGCUAUCGAGCGGGAAAUGGCCGAGCUCGAGGCCAAGGAAGCUGCUGCCGAAGCCGCCUACUAUGCCAAGAAGCAAGCCGAGAAGGAGGAGAAGGAGCGCAAGGAGAAGGAGGAGCGGGAAGCCUACGAGGCCAACAUGAAGAAGGCCGAGGCUGAGGCCGAGGCUCUCGAAGAAGCUCGGAUGAAGAAGCGCGAAGCCGGUGAGCAAGACACUUCAAGCAAGGACCUGUUCGCUUCGCUUAAGAAGGGAGGAUGGGCUGCGACGGAAGUUAGCGAGCCCGCUGAGAGCGGAACCGCCACUCCGACUUCUGAUGCUUCGAUGGGUCCUCCCGCCAAGCCCGCCAGUGCUGGCAAGCGUGAGAAGCCUGCUGCGCUCAAGUUGGAGACCAACAAGGCCGUUGAGCCUCCUCAGCCUAGUGCCGCUAUGAAGUCUCUUCACUCCGCUCGGCUGAUUGAGGACCUGAGCCAGGUUUCUUACCCUGCCUCCAUUGUGUCUCCCAACCCCGCUUUGAAUGCCAAUGCACCCGUCGAUCGCAAGUUCCAUUACAACAAGGAGUUCUUGCUUCAGUUCCAGAGUGUGUUCAAGGAGAAGCCAUCCGUCGACUGGGAUGCACGCGUGCGUGAGACCGUGGGUGAUAGCGACUCCUCUCGCCCACAGUCGGCUCGCACCCCGAUGAUGGGUGGUCGCAAUACUUCCCGCUCCGGCAUUUCCCAGGGAUUCCAGAUGGGCAGCUUCGUCCAAUCUGCGUCCCGGCACAGUCUACCUCCGGGCUCAACCUCCGAGCAGCGCUUUGCUCUUGCCAAUGCCGCUCGUACCGCUUCUAUGAACAACUCAUUCGGCUCUUUCGGACGCGGACCUAUGCCGAUGGGCUCGCCUGCGCUCAGUCGCACCAACUCUGCCAAUCCCAUGAUGCCAGGAUCCCCUCGCCCGGGUUCCAACCGUUCGGGCACCCGCACCGGCAGCAAGCGUGAGAAGCAUCAAGCCAAGAAGGAAGAGGAAAUGGCCAAGUCCAUGCCUCUUACCGCCGGAAAGGAGGUCGCAGCACUCCAGGUUUCAUCCACCGGUUGGAAGCCCCGCAGUGUGGGCCAGGCUCCUCAGUCGGCUGCUGCUGCUGCCCCUGGUGCUGGUUAUCUGGCUCCCGACGUGGUGCAGCGCAAGGUCAAGGCUGCUUUGAACAAGAUGACUCCCGAGAAUUUCGACCGUAUCUCUGGCCAGAUCUUGGAAAUCGUCUCUCAAUCCAAGGACGAGUCCGACGGACGUACUUUGCGCCAAGUGAUCCAGUUGACCUUCGAGAAGGCAACCGACGAGGCUCACUGGGCCUCGAUCUAUGCCAAAUUCUGCAAGAGCAUGCUUGAGAGCAUGAGCCCAGAGAUCAAGGACGAGAACAUCCGCGACAAGAACGGUAAUGUCGUUGUUGGCGGUAGUCUGUUCCGCAAGUACCUGCUCAACCGUUGUCAAGAAGAGUUCGAACGUGGCUGGAAGGUGAACCUCCCUCCUAAGCCUGAAGGCCAGACUGAGGAGGCUGCCAUGAUGUCCGAUGAGUACUACAAGGCUGCCGCUGCCAAGCGUCGUGGUCUGGGUCUCGUUAAGUUCAUUGGUGAACUGUACAAGCUUGGCAUGUUGACAGAGCGUAUCAUGCACGAGUGUUUGAAGAAGCUGGUUGACUACGAAGGUGUUCCUGACGAAGCCGAGGUAGAGAGCUUGACCAGCCUGCUGCGUACCAUUGGUGCCAGCCUUGACGCCUCCGAGAAGGGUCACACGUUCAUGGAUGUCUACUUCCAGCGCAUUAACAACAUGGUGCAGAUCCAAAAUCUGCCUAGCCGAUUGAAGUUCAUGCUCAUGGACAUCAUCGAUUUGCGUAAUGCCAAGUGGAAGUCCAAGGACGCCGACAAGGGCCCCAAGACUAUUCAACAGAUCAGAGAAGAGGCUGCUCGCGCACAACAAGAGGCCGAGAUGGAGCGUCUCCGCCAGCAAGCUAACCGGGGCGGCCGUCCCUCUAUGGGCCGUGGUGAUGCUCGCAGCUACUCUGGCUAUGGCAACCAGGCACCUCCUCCGGACUACGCCUCCAGCAAGGUCGGCAGCGACGACCUCCGUCGCCUGCGUACGACCCGCAACACCAGCCAGCCCAUGUCUUUUGGUCCCUCCAGCAUGCUGGGCUCUCGCAGCAGCAGCGGCAGGAAGAACCUUGGCCCUGGUGGCAACUUGGUUCGUGGCAGCGAUGAUAGCGCUGCUAGCAGCCGGACUGGAACCCCCCCUGCUGGUAAGAAGGAAGACAAGGAAGCUGCGUCGUCGAUCAACGCGUUCAGUGCUCUUGCUGCCUUGGAAGACCGCGACAACAUGGCUACUUCCCCCCCUUCCAACCCUACCUCCCCUUUGCUAGCCAAGUCGCAACCCGCCGUUGAGCGCCGGCCAUCCAAGACCCCUUCGAAGGACGGCGAGGAAGCAUCAUAGAUUCUCUGGCAAUGAUAAUGAAAAUUAUUCCGUUUCUUCUGGAAAGAUUUCCCACUUAUUCUUCUCUUUUUUGUUGAACCUUAUGCCAUGUUAUUCAUGUCACAUG